AUGUGCUUCUUGUGCGACAUUCAAACAGCUAGAAACCAGUUAACUCCUCUUGAUGAACGACCCCAAUGUCUUCUUGAGGAAGUAGUCAAUGUACUAACUCAUUUAUUUGGGAUAUUUUAUGCUAUUUUUAUAUUUAAGAUGUUUAGAAGAUAUGCCCAAAAACACAAUUUAAAUAAAAUGAACAAUGUAGCAAUACUGUGUUUCUGUCUUGCAUCAUUUACUUUAUAUUUCAACUCUACAACAUAUCACUUAUUAAAUAUUCUUCUUCCUAACAGUAUUUGUCUUAGAUACUUCUUUCAAAGAUUGGAUCAUAUCACUAUUUAUAUCAUGAUUUCUGGCUGCUAUUUAUGUUUUAUCUUCACAAGAACAUUUGCAAAGGGGUAUUUCAAAACAGGUUGUUUAGCCAUUUUUAUAGUUAUAGCUUUAGCUUUAACUGGAUUCAUCUUUACUAUCUUUGCACCACCAACAACAAGAACAGAUGUUAUUAUGUAUUUAGCUAUGGGAUGGUCAUGUGUUCUUUAUGGCCCAUUAGUGUUUUAUUUCUGUCCUCUUUCAUUAGUCUUUUACUUAUUUACAGGAGGAAUUUCAUAUGCAAUUGGCACUGUCUUUGUUGCUUGGGAUCAGUUAUUCUUUAAUCAUGGCAUUUGGCAUCUCAUUGUUUGGUUUGCUAACUUCCAACAUUCUCUUGGAGUAUUGAUUGCAAUUGAUGAUGAAGAUAUUAAAGGAUUUAAACAACCAUGGAGUGUUAUGAAAGAAUUAUUUGUUGAAUAUAUCUCAGUGUCAGUAAAAAAUAAUGAUAGUAAUAAUCAUCCUUCAAUCCAAAGAGAAGAAUAA